AUGUCCUCCCCCAUCAGCAAUCCGCAUCCCAGCCCAACCGAAGAGUACGACGAGAUUUCCCUGGCAGUCCCCCUGCCGCCGCCCGCCAGCCCCGAUCUCGAGGCCAUAUCCAGUGCCCAUCGCGACAGUCGUCAUGGAAGCCAGGAGACUGCCGUGAAUCCCGGCAGCCGGCAGAGCCUUGAGCGUGAAGCCACGGCCGAUGUGCAGCAAUACGAUGCGGGGCUGCACAACACCAUGCAGGUACCGCCUGCCCCGCCCAUACGAUCGCCCCGGGUGCGUUUUCGCUCGAUCAGCCGGUCUGUUAGUGAGAAAUUCCAUCAUCAUGAGGAUGGCCACCAUCGCAUCUUUUCAAACCAGUCCGACGCAGCAAAUCGCCCAUUGUUGCCGCCACCGGAGAUCAGCGAGGCGCCCUCCGGAAGCGUCACCCCGCCGGCGCCCACGCAUUCCUACUCCCGCGGCCUCACAGGCGGCCGUACCCCAGGCGAGCCAUUGACUGAGAUUGGAGAGCCAGGCGAUGCAGAGAAGCAGACGCUCAUUGAGCGCACCGCGUCGGCGCGCGAGCGGUUCCGAGCUGCAGGGCAAAUGCUGCGCCAGAAGACAAUCAAGUUGACGGAACGGCUCGGUCGCCCUUUGGACGAAGGCGAGGCCCUGAACGCAUCCUAUUUCCCUGAAGACUUUGACAAUGGCAUUCCUCUCGAGGAAUUGCAGGCCCGACGAGCGCUCCACGAGGCAGACCAACUCCAGGCAUUGGAGAGCGGCGUCCAGCCCAUCGAGGCUGCCCCAACCGCUGAAGCCCACCGUCUGGUGCGCACCAUGACCCAGGCCCAGGAGCUGCGCAAGCGCAAGCCGCGCGGCGCAUACCAGCGAUCCGGCCAGACCACGCCGGAGGGAGUGCUGCGAGGCUUUGCCCGUCGACGAUCUAGUGGAUUGGCCGGCGGUAGUGGUAUUCUCUCGCAGCUGCUGAGGCUGCAGGCCGUCUCGACCGGCAGCUCCUCGCGCCCGGAGAGUGUCAUCACUGAUGACUCCGACAGCGACACUCAGGUCUCAUCUGGGGCCACGACGCCCAAGAAGGUCGGCUCCCUCUCGCCGUCGGUCCCGCCGUCGGCGCUGGCCUCGGGCUCAGCGACCCCCCGCAAGGAGAAGAUUAAAUGGUACAAGAAGCCUGCGCAUCGGUCUACGUCGUCGCUGGUCGACGCCUCAAUGAACCUCAGCAGCACGACCUUGCCGGGUGUCGCCCCCAUGCAGCCGGGCAAGAAGCACAGGAAGAACAAGCGCAAGACGCGCCUCGAAGACGAAAUCCGUGUCACCGUUCACAUCGCCGAGAUCUUGGCUCGCCAACGUUACAUCAUGCAGCUGUGUCGUGCGCUCAUGCGAUACGGUGCGCCGACCCAUCGUCUCGAGGAGUACAUGCAAAUGACGGCCCGCGUCCUGGAGGUCUCGGGCCAGUUCCUGUACCUCCCCGGGUGCAUGAUGAUGUCCUUUGACGACCCGGUCACCCGAACGGCCGAGGUCAAGCUGGUGCGGAUGGUGCAGGGUGUCGAUUUGGGGCGUCUGGCCGACACGCACAAUGUGUACAAGAACGUCGUGCACGAUCUCAUUGGAGUUGAGGAAGCAACCCAGGAACUGGAUGAGAUCAUGCAGCGUAAGCCGCGAUUUAACAAAUGGAUCAUCGUCCUGAUGUAUGGCCUGGCUAGCGCAACGGUCGGUCCCUUUGCCUUCAAGGCUCGCCCAAUCGACAUGCCGAUCAUUUUCUUCUUGGGCUGCCUCGUUGGCCUCAUGCAGCAUGUCCUCGCGCCGCGCUCCGUUCUUUAUUCAAAUGUCUUCGAAGUCACCGCCGCUGUCCUCACCUCGUUCCUUGCCCGGGCCUUUGGCAGUAUCAAAGUUACACGCAAUGGUACCCAGGAGGAGCUGUUUUGUUUCUCUGCCCUGGCACAGUCAUCGAUUGCCCUCAUUCUUCCCGGUUUCAUGGUCCUCUGCAGCAGUCUGGAACUGCAAUCGCACCAGAUGAUCGCUGGGUCUAUUCGCAUGGUCUACGCUAUCAUUUACUCUCUCUUCCUCGGCUACGGUAUCACCGUCGGCACCACCAUCUACGGUCUCAUGGACGCCAACGCCACUUCUUCCUCUACAUGUUCCAAUCUCGGCAUUUACGGAUCUGAAUACGUACGACAGUUUCCUUUCGUCGCCAUCUACGCAGUCUUUCUCGCCAUCGUCAACCACGGUAAAUGGAAGCAAAUGCCGGUCAUGGUCUUCAUUGCUGUGUCGGGCUACAUCAGCAACUACUUCAGUACCACAAGACUCGGCUCCAACUCCGAGGUUGCCAACACCGUCGGCGCAUUCACCAUCGGCGUCCUGGGCAAUCUCUACAGUCGCGUCUGGCACGGCCACGCCGCGACCGCCAUUCUCCCAGGAAUUUUCGUACUCGUACCCUCCGGUCUGGCAUCUAGUGGAUCCCUGAUCGCGGGCAUCCAGUACGCCGAUGAAGUCCGACACAACCUCCAGACCUCCGGCAACAGUUCUUCCAGCAGCAGCCUUUCCGCAACGUCUGUUGCCAGCCUCGGUUUCGGCAUGAUUCAAGUCGCUAUCGGUAUUACCGUUGGCCUGUUCAUCGCCGCCCUCAUCGUCUAUCCCUACGGCAAGAAGCGCACUGGUCUGUUCAGCUUCUAG